AUGGGUAUCAUACUAUCCACUACCCGAUAUGCGCCUUUCUCCCUGGUCACAGGCAUCAUCGGUCUGAUCUCCUUUGUCUUCACUUUGACCACAUGGCUGAGAGUUUUAUGGGGAAACUUCACAACAGCUGGUCAAGCAACUCACGAAGUGCACGCGUACUUGACGAAUCUCCGAACGGAAUUACUCGAAGAACGAGCGAGCAUUCGUGUGAUGCGGAAACAAUGUCGAAAAUACCAGCGUCGGCUAGAGAAGAGAUAUGAUGGAGGGGAUACUCUGAUGGAUAUUGGGCUAGAUGACGUUUCGCUCAAGACGAUGGCGGAUACGAUUAAGCGUUUGAUUAAGCAGUUUCAAGAGCUGGAGAGACCUUUUCUCGCAGAAGGAUCUGAAGGGAUUGGAGGGUAUCAGAGGCAUGAGAGACGGAGUAGAAGGAGAAGGAACGAAUCUGUUAGCCCGUAUUAUGAGCAUUCUGCUUAUGCUGCUCCUCCCCCUCCUUCUCCUCCAAACCCUAGGGGAAGUAGAGCGAGGUCAAGAGGAGAUAGUCGGAGGAGAAGGAGGCGGAAAGGUCAACGCGAUGAGGGCGAUGAUGAGGAUGAUGAUGAGGAUGAAGAUGAUGAUGCUGAUACCUUCUGGGCACAGCGAACACAGUAUAAGCAAUUCGGCAUAGUGUGCAGAUAUAAUUGGGUGCAGAAGAAGUCGCAAUGUCAAGAAUUGUUCUCGACGUUGAGUAGAGUGCAGAUUCGGCGGAUUGCGAGACAGGUUGGUGGGCUCAGUUUGCUCGCGUAUGAGAGUGGUCCUCGACUGGAGAGGUCGGAGGCUAUGCUUACACGUAUCGAGCAUCGGUUGGGAAAUAUUGUUGGUGUUCGCAGGGUGGAAUAGGUGGUGCUGGACUUGGCUGUAUAUAUAUG